UGCGAAUAAAGUAAAUUCAACUUUUUACUGUCAGAAUUAUUUAAAUUACACUGACUAUUAACUUCACACUAAGGGUCGAAGACUUAAAAAGUUUCCUUGUUCGACGGUUAGUUGCCCCUCCUGAGUUCUUUAAAAAUACACUUGGAGUGGGGCAAGGUAAGUUUGUAACCUUGAAUUUUACUCUAACGUUCAUUCACGACUCUGACGUCCUACUAUUCAAGUUUUGUGAAUCCAAGUUACAUUGACUGGAAAUUUCAUUCAGUAAACAUGGAUCAACUAGUACCUAUGAUUUUAAUCAGUAUUUUAUUAAUAUUUAUAACUGAUAUUACGCCCGUUUUAUCGUAUGAUGUUGACGAACAUGCAUAUGUAUUAUACCGAAAAAGCGAAUUAGACGAAAUUCCAAAAAACCUCUCGAAAAAUAACAAUACUUGGAUAAAUGCUGCUAUGUCUCUUCAUGAUGCACUUCAAGAUGAAGAUCACUACGAAAUCAUAGACAUAUUGAUAUUUAAAAAUUUAUUCCACCGUACAUCUAUUGCUGAUGCAUAUUACAGCCAAUUUCGAACACAAUUAAAGCUUGAUGUUAGAUCAAAAUUAUUCAGAAGCUUUGGAAAUCUAAUGGCAGCGCUUUCAACGCCAGAAUUGGAGUUUUUAAUUGAGGAAAUUCACUAUGCUAUUCAUCAAUAUUCAGAAACGAAUAAGAAUAUUUUUUUAGAUAUUUUCUGUCGUCGGAACUACAUGGAGAUCGAUAAAAUAAAAAAUUCAUAUCCUUUGUAUUAUGGAAAUGAAUUACCCGAAGAUCUUCUAAAUAUACCUCCAGGAGACUUUCAAUCUACACUAAUCGAUUUUACUGUAGGAGUACUGAGGACAGAUGCGUUUUUGUCGUUUGGUUUUGGCAGUGGAAAACAAUCUCCGUCAAUUUAUCCUCGUGAUCCUUUAUCACUAUGCACUGAAGGCGUAUAUGACUAUUAUGCGAAGCGAUUACAUGAAUCUUUACAACAAAAAGAUCACCAAAGUACCACCAGACUGAUGGUGAUAACUGUGAAUGAACAUACACUUCAUCACAUUAUUGAACGCUACAAAGGGCUUUACCACGUCUCACUUCGAACCCAAGUGCAUCACCACACAGAAGGAUACUUCCGUAAAUCUCUAUUAAUUCUCAUUGAUGUUGUCAGCCGCACAGAUUAUCUUUUUAAAUGAUUUUUUUAUUUAAAAUCAAAAAUUAAAAAAUUAUUAUUUUUUUUGUACAU